CUCCGCCGGGACCUUAGGAGCAGAGUUAUCGCCCACUGGAGUAAUUUCAGACGAAAAUGGUAAAACAUUGGGUGAUUGCUCAUAUCUGUUCCGUUCUCCUUUUCCUUCUAUCAGGAGGUUCCUGUUCUGAGGCUGAACACAGGCUGUUCUCGGUCAUAUUCUCCCAUUAUAAUCAGUACAUCCGCCCUGUAGAGAAUGUGUCCGACCCGGUCAUUGUACAUUUCGAGGUGUCUAUGUCGCAGCUUGUCAAAGUGGAUGAAGUCAAUCAGAUCAUGGAAACCAACUUGUGGCUGCGACACGUCUGGAAUGACUACAAAUUGAAGUGGGAUCCCAAACAGUUUGGAGGCGUGGAAUUUAUCAGGGUGCCUUCCAACAAAAUUUGGAAACCAGACAUUGUUCUCUACAAUAAUGCAGUGGGGGACUUUCAGGUGGAUGACAAAACUAAGGCCUUACUGCGCUACAAUGGAGAAGUGACCUGGAUUCCUCCUGCCAUCUUCAAGAGCUCCUGCAAGAUUGACGUUACCUACUUCCCCUUCGACUAUCAGAACUGCACCAUGAAGUUCGGCUCCUGGACUUAUGACAAAGCUAAGAUUGACCUGGUCCUAAUCGGAUCGACCAUCAAUCUAAAGGACUUCUGGGAGAGUGGUGAGUGGAUGAUCAUUGAUGCUCCAGGCUACAAACAUGACAUCAAAUACAACUGCUGUGAAGAGAUCUAUCCAGACAUCACCUACUCCCUCUAUAUCCGUCGACUUCCACUGUUUUAUACAAUAAACAUGAUCAUUCCUUGCCUGCUAAUCUCCUUCCUGACUGUGCUGGUGUUCUACCUGCCCUCAGACUGUGGGGAGAAGGUCACACUCUGUAUCUCAGUGCUACUGUCCCUCACCGUGUUCCUGCUGGUCAUCACCGAGACCAUCCCCUCUACCUCGCUAGUUAUCCCGCUCAUUGGCGAGUACCUCCUCUUCACUAUGAUCUUCGUGACCCUCUCCAUUGUCAUCACGGUGUUUGUAUUAAAUGUGCACUACCGCACGCCUAAGACACACACCAUGCCCCACUGGGUGCGUCACAUUUUCCUGGGUUUGUUACCCAGGGUGAUGUUCAUGGCCCGUCCCGAGAGAGACCCUGAGAGAUUAGCUUCUUGCGCACAGCCGCUUUCUCCAUUGCCCUAUGGGUCACCCAUAGCUGGUUCCCUGCCACGUCCCAAGCUGCACAAUGUCAACUCCAGUCUACACCAACGUCAGCGUCUCCUCUUCAGCACCGAGCUCUCUAACCUCAACAACCUGAACAGCAACUCCGCAAAAGUCGGGACGGGCUUCCUCUGUCGGGAGGGACGCUGCAACUGCUGCUGGCGGCAGAGGACUACCAAGCUGCCCACCGGUGGGAGUGGAGGAGUCAUGGGGCUGGGGACCAUCUCCACUGCAGGUGGUAGUGGGAGCUCCUGUACCAGUUCAGAGUCCCUGGAUGGUGGAAAUGUGUCUCUGCCCACUCUCUCAGUAGAAGUGAGGGAAGCUAUUGAAAGUGUCAAGUACAUAGCUGAGAACAUGAGGAUACAAAAUGAAGCCAAGGAGGUUCAAGAUGACUGGAAGUAUGUUGCCAUGGUGAUUGAUAGGAUCUUCUUAUGGGUUUUUAUUCUCGUGUGCAUUCUAGGCACUGCAGGCCUUUUUCUUCAGCCUCUUUUACUGGGAGAUGACAUCUGACAUACAAAAAUGACUGUUCUGGAGGAGGUGAAGAUUUUAAACCGAGAGCGUAGUUAGAGUGUGGAAUUGUUAUGAAGUCACAUAGGUCAAAUCUAGAAUCAACAUGAAGCCACAUGUACAAGCAAGCUGGGGUCACAAUCCAAAGCCUUGCAGUACGGCUUUGCAGUAGAGAUGCUUCGUGCUCACUUCUUCAGUGUAAUGUUUUGACAUUGUUGGCGUGUUUAUAGAGUUUAAGAGAUCUUCUGACCUCGGAUAUAUUGAGAAGGUGAAGGGGAGGACAUAGUUCCUGGUUCCUGCAUUGGGUUCUCAGUUCCCUUCCAUUUUGUAUGGUGUUUGUACUACUGCUAACAAGAUGAGGACAUUUCAGGUCCAGAACGUAGAAAUCCAGACCGAGAUUUUGCUUCAACCAACCCUGUGACAGUGACUCUUUAGACCAGGGGUGGCCAAUCUUAUCUGCAAAGGGCCAGUGUGUGUGCAGGUUUUUGGGGUGACCUUUAGGUCAGCUGUUCAAACCCAGGUGUGAGGACUCUUCAGUCAAUCAGUCCUCUAAUUACUGACCUACUUAGGGAGUUUCAGCCAAAACCUAUAUACACACCGGCCCUUUGCGGAUAAGACUGGCCACCCCUGCUUUAGACUCAACUGGUUGGUUGAAACAAAAUCUUAGUCUGAAUUUUUACUUUUUGGACCUGAAAUGUCAAUUUCUGGACUGUUGGGUAAUAGUGUUACCCAAGUGCGCAGACUUAUACACUUAAGUAUAGAAUGAAGUGUAUUGGGGGCCUCUGUUCACUGCUCCUGUAAAACAGCAGUAUGGUGUACUUUGUCUAAUUUUCAUUUAUUUUAUUUGCUUUAGAAGUACUUAAAUUUACAAAUGCAUUUCUCAUAUUACUGACCUUUAACGAUCAAUGUUCUAUUAGAUUUCCAUGAAAAUGCGCAAAGACAGCGUUUGUUUGUUCAUUACUCUGGUUCCACAUUUUUAAAAGAGUGUUUCUUUCUCAAGCUAUUAAUUAGCUUUAUGGACAAAGGCUAACUUAAAUAAAGAAAA